AUGGCCGGAAUGCGGAACAUGGUCCAUGCGGAGGAGAGUGCGGAGGUGGAGGUUCUGUACGCAAAUCUGGAGAAGCUCAACACCCUAACCAAGAAAAUCCAAGGUUCCCUGGCUCGGCUUGAAACCAGUGGGAAGGUGGUAAAAGAUGCGAUUGGGCCAAUCUACAGUAACACGCAAUUGUUGCAAGUCACGAAUACCAACAUCGAUAAAAUUAAUGAAGCCAUUGAUCGACUCCGUCAACCCCUAGAUGUCAAAGGAAAGGAGGAGUCGAUCAUCCGCGCAGGUCCUCGGAGCGCUGGGUUGUCGCAGUAUCUGGGUGCUCUAAAACGAGUGGAUCGUGCACUAUCAGAUCUAAACUCUACCAACCUUCGCUCGAACCAGAAAGCAGUGUCCGAAUUUAACGCUUUGCUUAGUACGGGAAGCAGCAAGCUUCAGGAAAUGUUCAGAGCAACCCUACGAGAGAGCGUUGCUACAAUAGAGCCAUUGCAUUACAUAACAAAACAACUACCAUUUCCCACUAUUCCAAGCGAGCAUAUUUUGGAACUCUCACCAGUCUGCGCUGCGAUCAGCUCCGCUGCAAACCAUGGACCCCAGGUCGGACAAACUGAAAAUCCCGCUAUCAGGAUUUACGCCGAUAUUCGCGGGCCAUAUAUCACUUCCAGUUUGCAAAAUUUCGCCACUGCUUCCAUCAACACAGCAAAACGGAGACCAACCGAUGGCCCCUAUCGACAAGGGACUAACGGUAUUGGAAUGUACGCUAGUGGCAUCGAGGGUAUGUUACUUGCGGAGCACGAAAAUAUUUCCCAAAUAUUCCCGCCAGAAGAGCAAGGAAUGGCGCUUCAAGCGACUUGUCGGCCUGCGAUCGCAGAUUUUUCGAAAACCCAACGGGAACUCAAUACGUAUAUCAAAUCCAAUCUUAUGACAGAUUGUUUUCUCGGCUUUGAAAUCAUCGAGAUCGUCACUGGACUAUCAUAUCGACUCGAUGCGGCCACUGGCCAAUUGAAACCUCUCUUUUUUGAAGCCAUGCGGCCGAUUCGGGAAACGGCAAAGUCAGCGCUAUCCGAACUGCUAGAGGAAACACGUCGCAAAGCUUCUUCCGUGGCCGUUUUACCCCCGGACGGGGCUUCGAUCCCUCUCGUGGCCGAAGUCAUGAGCUCCCUCUCUACCCUAACAGCAUACUCAAAACCCCUUGCCUCAAUCCUCACAUCAUUGGGCGACGGGAAUUGGAAACCCUCCAGCAAAUUCAAAAUCACCCCACUAGACGUCAGCCCAGACAGUUUCACCCUGCUCUCCCAUUUCAUCCUUGACAUGAUCGAAACCCUCCUCUCCGCCCUUGAAGCCCGCGCAAGGGUAUUCCACCGUCCCAAACCCAUCCUCGGGGCCUUUCUCGCAAAUGUUAUGUGCGUGGUUGACCGUUCAAUCCGCAAUAGCAGUGAACUCUCUCACUACCUCUCUACUCCAGAAAAUACAGCCCGUCUAGACGUAUGGCGCAAGAAGUGUGUAUCUACAUACCUCGACGCCUGGCGGGAUCCGUCCUCCCACCUCCUCGACGUCCAAUAUACCAGUCGGGGUGGUACACGACCCACAUCUGGAGGCCAGGUUGACUCCGGGGCCAUUGUCAAAUCCCUCUCGUCCAAGGAUAAAGAUAAUAUAAAAGAUAAAUUCAAGGCGUUCAACUCCUCUUUCGAGGAGCUGAUUAUUCGACAUAAAUCGCUAAACAUGGAAAAGGAAGUGCGUACUUUGUUGGCGAGGGAGGUCCAGGCCGUUAUCGAACCGUUGUAUUCUCGAUUCUGGGACCGGUAUCAUGAAAUCGACAAGGGGAAGGGGAAAUAUGUCAAGUACGAUAAAGCAACCUUGUCAGCCCAACUCGCGUCGUUGGCGUAA